AUGUUUGCAUUCUGAAUUUACUACCCGUCUAUGCUCGUUGGAAUACCACACAGAAAUAAACGUUGCCAUCUUGAUAUAUCGGAAUUUCAUCAUGGUUGCUUUAUUUCGAGUGUUUCUUUGAAUUCCCUCGCAAUUUUUUUUAAUUUCACUAAAUGCCCCAGAAUUUUUAGCUCUGAGGAUUGUGAUGUAUGAAUAGGGUCCAGAAUAGAUACACAACAUGCAUCUUUGUCGAUGAUGUAUAAGAUGCAUCGACUGAUGAAUGCAUAUGAAAAUGAAUUACAAGUGGUAGAUAUUAGAAACAACAAUAAACCAUGACAGACAAUGGACAAAAGACCUACUUGCCAUGUUGCACCAUGAGGUUGUUGUCUAUUCGCUACCUAACAAAGUUGCCAACAUAUGAACGCAGAACUUUUGAUCUUGUGUUGAAUAUUAAUGAUUUUUUUUUGAGGAUAUGUUGAUACUAAUGAUAUUAAAUGAAGAAUUAUGAUAACUUACACAAAAUAGAGAUAGAGAUAUAGAGAUAUAUAGAAUAGCUGUCCGUUACCUAAGCAAGCGAGCGAGUAGCUGGCUCCUGAUCUCUAUCGCGUACAUCCCACAACCAUGAAGCCCCACAAGAGCAACCCCUUCUCGCGGAAGAUCUCCGUGGCCCUUGCCACGCUGAUCCUCGUCCUGCUGGCCCUCGCCGCCGUCUCGCUCUACGACUUCAACUUCACCGACAGCUACCACUACAUACGGCGCGCCUCCUCUGCAUCGUCGUUCCCGGAAACCACCUCCUCGUCUCCCACGAUUCCGGCGGCAACCUUACCAUCGUCAUCGUCGUCGAAGACCAACUCCUCGGCCACUGACGCCUGCGACCUGACGCGGGGCCAGUGGGUGCCGGACGACGAGCCGCCCUACUACACCAACCUGACGUGCUCGUUCAUCGACGACCUCCAGAACUGCAUGAAGUUCGGCAAGCCGGGCCUCGACCUCAUCAUGCGCUGGCGGUGGAAGCCUCACGACUGCGACCUCCCCCGCUUCGACGCCGGGCGGUUCCUGGAGGCCAUGAGGGGCAAGUCCAUGGCCUUCGUUGGGGACUCGCUCGCCAGGAACCACGUCAAGUCUCUGCUCUGCAUCCUGUCCCAGGUGGCAGAGCCGGUGGAGAUCGUCACCACGACGGAGACCGACGUGACGGGGAGGGCCGUCCGGCGAGACUUCCACUACGGCAGCCACGGCUUCAACGUCUCGCUCUUCUGGUCGCCGUUCCUGGUCAAGGCCAACCUCUCCAACGCGGCGCCCGGCCUGGGCCUGUGGGACGUGCACCUCGACACGCCGGAUGCCCGGUGGGCGGCGCACAUCGCCGACUUUGACUACAUCGUCCUGUCCGGCACCUACUGGUUCUUCCGCCCCUGCGUGUACUACGAGGGCGGCCGGGCCGUCGGGCGCCACGGCGGCGCCAGUGGCGCCCACAACGCGACUGAGAUGCCCGUCUCCGGCGCGGUGCGCGCCGCGUUCCGCACAGCGCUCGGCGCCAUCGCGGCCCCGGCCCGCGAGGGGUUCCGCGGCAAGGCCGUGGUCCGGACGGUCACGCCCGUGCACUUCGAGAACGGGGAGUGGAACUCCGGCGGCGACUGCGUCCGCACGCGGCCGUUCCGCCGCGGCGAGCGCGCCCGCGACGCCAUGGUGGCCGAGUUCCGCGCCGCGCAGGUUGACGCGCUCAGGGAGACGGAGGCUGCGUCGCAGCGGAACCGGAACGGCGCGGAGCUGCGGCUGCUGGACAUCACAGAGGCGAUGGAGCUGCGGCCGGACGGGCACCCGAGCCGGUACGGACACCCGCCGGGCGGGAGCGUGGAGGGGAGCUUCGUGGUGGACUGCUUGCACUGGUGCUUGCCCGGGCCGAUCGACAUGUGGAGCGAGCUGCUGUUCCACAUGCUGGCGGCUCAUCGACAGCGUGCUGACACAGAGUGAGCGGCAGGGGCGGAGCUACAGUAUAUACAUACAGCCCAUAAAAUAAACGACGCAGUGAACAACUAAAGUACUCCUUCGGGAGCUCCCUGCAAGGUCACCUCUCAGUCGCUGCUGCCCCGUGUCGUGCUGUGCGACCUCUCUUUAAUUCUUUUUUUUUCGCAUGCAUUUUCGACUUUUUAGAUAUUUUUUUUGGCUUUUCAGUUUUCUCCGAUUUUUCUUAGGUUUUGGAUUUUUUUUAAAACUACGUACUUUUUUGCACAGAAAAAUGUUUUUUUCACGAGUGCCUCUCAGAAACAAAAAAACAUAUUUUCUUUUCUUUUUCCUUUCGUGAGAGGCACGGUCAUGACACUCGAAGCGAAAAAAAACACAUUUUUUUCCUUCGGUGAGAGGCAUGAAUUAGCUUUUGUGGGAGGCACUCGAAAACAAAAAAAAACACGUUUUCUUUUUCGCCACAAUUUAUCUUGAAACAAAAGUUAAAAACUUAAAAAUAAGCCCAGGAAACAAAGACUCGCAUUAUCAUUAUUUUAAAAAACAGUUUUGCUAGAGCAUAUCUAGAUGUGCAAUACUUAUCACGCAUCUAAGUCCCAUGUCAUUGAUCUUACAUUAAGAUUCGUGUAAAUAUUUUCUUUUUCCCUUUUUGUUUUCUCUUUAUGCUUGAUUCAUUCAUUUAGAUGUGCAAUAACUAGAGCACAUCUAGAUGUGCCUCUUAAUAAUAUUUAAUAUGUCAUUAUUUGUGUUGCGA